CCCGGCGCCAAGCCCGGCGGGGCCCAGCAGUUCCCAAUCAGGCCCCCUGGACGGCCCACGGGUCCCAGCUAGGUCCGCUGGCUUGAUCGAGGCCAACCUUUGCACCUCUCCCUGACACGGCAUGACCAGAUGCUCGCUCCCGGCUCCCGUCAGGUUGCGUUGCCGCACGGCAGCGAGGUACCUAGCAGUACGAUGCCUACCUGGUUGAGCUAGGUAAACGUUCUUGGCCACAACCAGACUGCGAGUAGUAUGUGUAGGCCGGACGCUGCCGAGAGAGCAGGCGAAGCCAAGUCCCCCCUCCUGGGAGGCCCCAUCAAACGCCUCGACUCCCGUUGCGGUCACUUCACUUAUCUAUGAGGCCUUACCCUCCCUCCUCCUCCCCUUUUUGCCGCUGUCCCUGUCUCGUCAUCUGCUUGUGUGGUCCGUCACCUGGUUGAAACCUCGCCGUCGGCGUGCUGUGUCGCCACGCUCAUCGCCCCAGGUUUGGUCCGCCUCUUGCCGGUGCCGCCUUGACCGCUUCGCCCGGCACCCGAAACACAGAACCCGUGCCUCGGCCUGGUUCCUCGAUUACCUCAACACUGGGCGCCUACCCAAUCCCCUCUUUUAGACUUCUCGCGCUUCUUUAGAUAAAGAAAAGCCGCUCCGCUGGGACGCGUGUCUCUCGACGACGACGACGACGACGACGCCGUUCUCCAGCCACUCACACUUACACCAGACCUCGGAUCUGAGCGCCCACGCACGGCAUCUGUCGCUAUUACCAAGAUGCGCGCCUCCAUCGCGUCUCUCGGCCUCCUGGGCCUCUCAGGUGUCACUGCGUCUCCCCACGGCAGCGUGGAGGCUCGCAGAGACCUUUCCGAGGCCGUAUUCCAGUCUUCUUCGUGGUACGACUGGGGAUGGUACGGCGCGCGGCCGCAGCAGCGGUACCGAUCCUUUGAUGGCGCCUCGCCCAAGCCCAAUGUUGUGCUCAGGGACGAUCGCUGCGACGAGGGACUCGUCUUCCUGGAGCCACGGCAACGCCAGCUCAACGAUGCUCCGCUUGUGAUCCUUGACGGCGAGGGGAACCUGGUCUGGACAGCAACGCAGUGGGCUGAGACAAACAACGUCAAGGUCCAGACGUUUAAUGGUAGCAGGUACAUGACGUUUUGGACCCGCGACAAGGGCACCUCCGGGGACGGCUACUAUGUCAUGCUGGACGAGUCGUACGAGGUAUUCAAGGAAAUUCGCCCGGCAGGCAGCCUCCAUGGCGACGUGCAGGACCUGGUUCUUACCCCUGAGGGCACCGCCAUCCUGACCGUCUAUCACGAGACGCAGGCGCCGAAGUCCAAACCGGACCCAUCACCGCGACGCAUCUAUGACAGCAUUUUCCAGGAGAUUGACCUCGCCUCGGGCAAAGUGCUUUUCGAAUGGCAUGCGUCUCACCACUUUGGUAUCCAGGAGAGCCGCGCUCGAUGUGGCCGGCGGCGCGGGGACCCCUUUGACUUCUUCCACAUCAACGCUGUCGACAAAGACUCCAAGACGGGCGACUUCCUCGUGUCCUCGCGCUUCAUGGGCGCCAUUGCUAGCGUGAACGGCAUGAAUGGCCAUGUUCAGUGGCAGCUAGGUGGCGAGCACAACGACUUCGAGGAUCUGUCCAAGGAUGGAGCCAUCACCUUUUCUUGGGACCAGCGCGCGGCAUGGGCCUCGUCGCGCAAUGGCGAUGCGGCGACAUUGAACGUUGUCGACGGCAAAGGCCGCGAGGCAAUCAUCGAGCUCAACUUGUCCGACAUGACGGCCACGUCCAUCUCCAACAGGAGCCCGCCAGCACAGGAGGGCUCCCAUCAUGGGCGCCACAAUUCGGUGCAAAUCCUCCCCAACGGCAACGCUCUCGUCAGCUGGGCUCAUGCCCCGGGCUUCACGGAGUUUUCCAAGGACGGAGAGACCCUGUGCGACACACACCUCGGCCCCGUGCGACUUGCCAGCUGGGGCCUGCCCUCGAGCCUGUACCGCGCCUCCAAGUUCGCCUGGGCAGGGCGCCCUCGAACGAAGCCCUCGGUGGCCAUGCGUCCGGACAGGCAUGGCAGCGGAGGCAGCGCCAGCUUGUACGUGAGCUGGAACGGCGCCACCGAGGUGGAUGCGUACAUUCUUCAGAGCGGGCCGGAACCCGACGGCGACGUCUUUGUCGACCACGUUAUUGUGCCGCGAGAUGGCUUCGAGACGAGGAUUCCCGUGCCGUUGCACUCGGAGGAGUAUCUGCGGGUGCUGGCGCUGGAUCGCGAGUGGCGCUUCAUCGAGCAGUCGGGCGCUGUGUCGAAGCGUUACGGGGGCGUGUCGAAGCCGCUCGAGGACGAGAAGAAACAACCACCAAAGCGAUGCAACAUGCUGAUUUGGAUCGUCGGCGGGCUGGCCAUGGUUGUGGCUGUGGUGCAUAGAGCCUUCUUGGUGCGGCGGAGAAGAACGGUGGCGGUUCUUCCCAUCAGAGGCGGCGCGCCAGCUUGCGACUACAAGCGCCUGCCUUCGGAAUGGCUGGCUGGCACCAAGCCGGCGGCCUCAUAACCGCUGGCAAAGUCGCCUUUCUCGCUACACCGCAGCCGCUACCGCAGCGCAACGCAUAGACGGCACUGGGGCUUGAGCCUGAACAGACGCUCCCGCUGGCAAGGGGGGCACGGCAGCUCCAGCCCCAGCUGUUCGCGCGGCUGCGGCCACCUGCGCCCCCAGCAACCCGCACAGGCAAACGUCGCUGCCAUUACCGCCACGACCCGGCACUCCCCCAGCACCAGGGACAGGCACUGUUCAGUCCCUCAUAAGGCAUAACAUUCCGUUCACCUUCCAACAGAGGCAGCGAAGCCACCCGGCCUAGCUGUUCUCACCCGGAACGCCAGUUGGACCCUCCCAGGGACUCCUCUUGCCGUACUCCCCUCCGCCCUCCCAAGGCCACGAGUUCGAACCCCGAGCGCGAGACCCGAACGAGGACCACGAGGACGAGGACCACGGACAAGGACGGAUCCCGAGGAGCGGCGCUAACUAGGACGGACGGACGGACCCUGCCCGGACGAGGACUCCCCCCGAGGACGAUCGAACGGACAGGACGGACGGACGGACAAGCCACCAGGCUCCAAACAAGGGGGCUGGGGGGAGCUGGCAGAGGAGUUGAGGGACCUGGCGUUUCAUUUUUUGUAUUUUUUUUUUCACUUUUCCUUUAUCAUGUCUUGGAGGUUGUUGGCGAUGAAGGGCCCGCAGCGAGCAUUGGCUGCGUGUGCAUUUUUGGCGGGGAGGGGAAUGCAGGAGAUGGCGUUAAUGUGCCGGGAGACUGGGUGGAUUGAUUGAUAUAUAUAGUGAUACCCG